UUCCGUAACGAAAGCCGCGAUCACAGGAUGUGAACUUUCCACUUCAGCCUACUGAAUCCAUAAAAUGAAUACCAUCGCUACAGUUGCGCUUAAGUCAUCUAGCCGCAUUAGCCUGCAUUUAGUUUUGGCCAUAUGAGAGAAAACCCAUCAUUUACUGGAUUUUAUCCUGAAAUCCGAAGCAUGAUCACAAAGGUAUCCAGGACAUCCGUACGAGUACUUGUUUUAGUGCUAUGCAGAAAUAUCCUUAACGUGAAAGCGCUGAAUGUCACAUUAAUGUUGUAUGGAAACUGGCCCCCUUAUUUGGUGCAGUGUUUACCAUUUAUGGGUCCCGGAUUUGACUUGGCUGUUACCGAAGUACAGCAGACAUUCGGCAGUUCAUUCGAUUUGUCACAAAUUUAUGUGUCCAGUGCGAACGUUAAGGACUGUGUUGAUAAUGGUGCUUAUUUUACGGAUGUGGUGGACUACUAUUACCGACGUGCUAAUCGCUCUACUGCCAAUCGAAAGAAAGAUGUUUUAAUUUUUAUUUACGCGGGUUGUGACGAUUCGCCAACGUUCGCUCAUUUAGGCAAAGAAUGGAACAUUUUAAUAGCGUCAUGUGGAACUAUUUUUUCAAAAUUCCGGGAUCGGGAGCUUUUUCCCACGACGCUAGAAGUCGGUCCGGUCCAAUAUGAUCUGUAUGCGACGGUGAUCGCGGAUUUGUGCGCGCGUUACAACUGGACGACCAUCGGAUACAUAUAUGAUAUUUCCGGUCUCAUGCCUUUUAAUGCCUGGACUUACCAGCGUCUUGUUCGUUUCGUCAAAAUUUACUCACCGGGGGUAGAAAUCCAAUCCUUCCUGCAGUGCAGGAUCCAUAUCGUUACAAAGAGUGGAAUUUUGAGUCCCUAUUGA